AUGUCUGCGGCAAUUCCUCACGUGCCCAUUUUCGUGGACGAUGACGAUAUCGAAAGCGGAUCUCGUAUCAUAUUGAAACGGAUCCGACCGGAUUGGGAUUUGGACAAAAUCCGGUACAAGGUAAAUAAUAUUAUUGUUAUCAAUAUUGUUGUACGAUACAUACAACGUAGGUACCCGUUCAUAAUAGUAUUGUCCUGGUUCAAUAUCCGCGUUUAUAUUAUAGUGGUGAUUAGAGGCCUAAGAUGUUCUUAAAAUCCACAAAAAUGCUCUUGAAAAUGUCAAAAAGUCUUAAAAAAAAAAAUCAACAAAUAUUAUAUAAAAACGUGAAAAUAAUAGAAGGGUUUAAUAGUUCCCCAUCUAACGGAUUUCAUUUAUAAAUAUCAUUUUCUAAUAGCACAAAAAUUAUUAAUAAAAAAUGAUUUUUCUUUUUUUUUUUUAUAAUAUUAGGAAAUGCAAUUAAUAACUUAGAGGAACCAUUAGAAGGGGACUUUAAAACCCCUCUAUAAUUUUUAUUUUUUGGGAUGUUUUUUCCGUGCUUUUAUUUGGUGCUUUCAAGUGCUUAUUUGUGAAUUAUGAAAAAAUAUACAUCCGGUCUGAUGAUUAUUGUUACUAUGUUUAAACUAUAUUAUUAUGUAUACGAUAUUUAUUUUGUUGUAAUCAGCUUUCCGUGCAGAAUAAAUCAAAUUAAACUAAUCAUCAAUAUUGUGUAUAAAAUAUUAGUUGUUCACAGAUGGUAUUACUAACAAGUUGAUCGGAAUAUUCAACGAUUUUCGUCCGGAAGACGAUGGCGUGCUGGUGCGUGUCUAUGGUAAAAAUACGGAUCAAAUCAUCGACAGAAAAACGGAAUUCAAAAACUUCAAGGUUCGUCUUUAUACGAUUUUCUUUUUCGUGUCAACUUUUAGAGAUAACGAUAUUAUAGUAAACGGCAUUUGUCUAACCUGGACAAAUUCUUCGGUAUUUCCUAUUGGUUGUAUUUCAGUUUCUGCAGAGUGUAGCGAAAAAACUAUGAGUUUGGGUUGUAAGCCUGCCAUCAUAACUUUACAUCGGAUUACCGAGCUCCGUUUUUUGAUUGCAACGGUGUAUCAUCGUUACUUCCAAUAAGCAUGUAAACAGAAUUGCCCUAUAGUCUAUACCUCCCAGAUUUUCCAGCCGACAUCAAUAGCUUAUAACACGCAUACCCACGUUGCGAAGUAUAAUCGGAUUUUACUAUUACAGUAUUUAUUUAUUCAUAACCGUAUUGAAUAAAUGAUGAGCAUUUAUCACGUUUUUUCAAUGGUAUUUAAUGACUGGAGUUUACAAAAGAAUUACACUGGCAAAGUAGGUUUAUGUUAACUUUAGACUUUACACUAUUAUUCAGUGUGCACAUUAUCGUAAUAAUCAAUUGUUUUCAGUUUACUUAAUUUUUAGUACCUAUAUAUUUUACGUUUCAACUUAUAAUAUUACCUAAUAUCAUUCAUUUGAUAAUGAUAUAUACAUUGCUUACGUGAUUGAAAAACAAUAUAAUACGGAUAUUAAUAAUACUAUUUUAAUAAAUAUAAUUUCAUGUCAUAUAUUGGUUCCUAAAUAUAUUGCUACUCGUAUGUAAAAAAAAAAAUAACAAAAACUACCUAGUACUUAAUUUAAUAGUGGAUAAAAUUUGUUAUAGAGUGUUCUGUGAAAAUUGCAUAUAGGUAGGUUAAAUAUAUAUAUAUUGAUUGGAAAUUUAAAAUAAUAAAAUAAUUAUUUUCGUAAAUUGUCACGUUCUUUCUACGAAUAUUUUUCAGUUUUGCUCAAUUAUUCAAAAAACUAUAAAGAAUAUCAAAAAUCGACUUUCUUGAUCACCAACUAAAUUAAAAAUCCAACAGAAAAGGUCUCUUGUUGUUUUUCUAUUGGUGCAAUAUUUUUCAAAGAAAAUAUUUGAAAUUACAUAAAAAUUUAAAAACAUAAAAUCAUUGCUCCGUAAUUUGAAAAAGAAAAUCGUUUUUUUUUUUUUCGGGGUUUUCCCAAUUAUUGUAAAAAACCCUCAGAUCAUCUAAAAACGACUAAAUUAAAUUAACUUUCAGAAAAGUUACUAUACACUGUAUACAUCGGAGCAAGAUUUCUGUUCGUAAAGUUGUUUACAAACACAAAAAAACACACACAGCAAAAUAAAUGCUCAGUAGUAUCAACCAAUAGGUCCCCCUCGCUUCGCUCUAAAUCAAAAAUGUCCAAUUAUCUACCGACUAGGUUCAAAAGUGUAUAUAGGAAACAUUCCAUGACGAAGUUGAUAUUUUAAGCGUUAUUUCUAACCGACUAAAAUAUUUUCCGAGAAUAAAAACUAAAAAUAGUUAGACGGAGUAAACACUGUUGGAUAUUUUAAAAAUAUACCACCGACCAGAAAUUUCCCAUCUUUUAUAAGGUAAUACGUGAAAAAAAUUGAACGUUUUUACCAACACUAAAGGAUGGUUUUUCAGAGAAAAAAGGUACACGUUACAGGUAUACGUUUUAUCGUAAAAUUAAUAAAAAUUGUUGUUGUUCUAGCCGACACGACUACUCUAUAUAGUACAAACACGUUUUUCCGAAUAAUAAAGCCAGUCAUUAACAAUAUAAUUUUGGAUUUGCAGUUAUUACACCGUGUCGGACAUGCGCCGGACAUUUACGCCACGUUCGACAACGGUAUGGCGUACAAAUACAUCCACGGGGAAACGCUGACCACGACCACGGUCCGAGAACCGGAUGUCUACAGACUCGUGGCCAAAACUAUGGCGAAAUUUCACCGUGUUGACAUAAACGGGACGAGCGACGGUGGCGCUGAAUGCGGACUUUGGAACAAAAUAGAACAGUUCGCCAGUCUCGUUCCGAACCGUUUCAAUUGUCCGACUACCGACCAACAGUUAGUGCCCACUUGUAACCAAAUACAAUAUUAUUAUGAUAACGAUUGAACGAUCUAAAUACGAAUAACGAGAGGAUCUGUAAAUAUUAAAUUCUUCUUCGGAUUUUGGCUUUUUAGGACCAUUCUGUAAUACAAAAUUUUCCUCCAGUUCUCUCUACCUUCCGCCAAUUCUUUUCAAUUCACCUCUAUCACUACAUCCUUUUUCACACAAUUCUCCCAUCUAAGGCGUGGCCUACUCAGCAGUCUUUUUCCCAUCGGAUGUUCAUUGAUCACUUUAAUCAAUGUGCCAUUUUUUUGCCAAGUGUGGCAAAAAGUAUGGCCGGCCAACCUUAGCCCACCUUCUCUUCUUGAUUUCCCUCGUAAUACCCGGUCUUAGGAAUACAUUUUGGAGUUCUUCAUUAUAAAAAAAAAUAAAUUAUAACAUGUUUUAUGUACUUACGCAGGUUCCGAAAGAUGUUUGUGCCAGGUGUCGAAGGUCUACGGGCGGACAUCGGACCUUUAAAGACCGCUCUGGAAAACUCCGGGAGUCCUAUUGUGUUUAGCCACAACGACCUGUUACUGACCAAUAUCAUCCUGCAAAGGGACGUCGUCAAAGGACAGCCCUUAAAUGUAGCUUUCAUAGACUACGAAUACGCCAUGCCCAACCAUCAAGCGUUCGACAUAGCCAAUCAUUUUAUCGAAUUUUCCGGUGAGCACUUCGAUAAUACACUCGCGCUAUUGUUCAAUACCGCCGUUUGAAAAACCUUUUGUUUUACAUUGUCAUGGCGCACGUGCGACUCCGAAUUUUAUCGAAUUUCUUUAUACAUCGUUUAUAAAACACAUGUUGACGUUUCAAUGACACAGGUGUACAAGAUCCAGGCUUUUCACUCUAUCCAAAUAUCGAAUUGCAGAUAAACUGGUUGACAGCUUACCUUGAGGAAUAUCUCGACGAAUCGCUGGAUCCAAACGACCAAAGGGUGACGGUGCUUAAAAACCAAGUGGACAUGUUUACAAUCGCGUCUCAUUUACUGUGGACAUUUUGGGCACUCGUACAGACCGAAUUUUCCCAAAUCGAUUUCGAUUAUUUAGGGUAAACUAUUUCUCCAUAACCUUUAAUAAUGUUUAACAAUUAUAGAUUUUAGCAUACAACUGUCUAGUGUCUAUACUACUAAUUCAGGGCCGGAUUAACAUAGGUGCAAAAAGUUGCUUUUACUCUAGGGCGGUUACUGUUACUGAGAAAAUGUUAGAUUUUUUAAUACUGUCUAUCGAGUCUGAAAUAUUUAAACACAUAAAGUGGGAAGAACUUGUUCGUAAAUUUGCUUUGAUAAAAUCAAGGACGAAUCGUUUUUGUCAAAGAUAGACUUUUAAGCUUCUUAUUUACAUUAAAAUUAUAUUCACUUAUAACUGUCAUAAAUUAUAAUAAUAUAAUAUAUGUGUGUAUUCAUUUUAUGUUACGUAUUCAAAAAAUUAUUUAAUUAUAAAAUAAUAUAAUGCAGUUUUAAGCUUGUAGUUGUUUUAGUAGGUAUUUAAUUUCAUAACAAAAAAAAAAGGUAAGAUAAUGGGGACGGGUGCAGCCACUGGUAUAGGUGGGAAGUUAGUAAGGUAGGAUAUAGACAGGAAUUUAAUGUAUAUCUGUAAGCAAUGAUAAACCAUCGCUUACGUAAAAACGAUUCUAAGCAGAGUUCAAUUAAUAGUGAUGCUUUAUCAACAAUAUAUAUGUCAUUUUAUAGUAAAAUAAUUUUUAAAGAUUUUAUAUAUUUUUAUAUAUCACUCAUGCCUUUAUUGUCAAAAUAUUCAAUUACAUAACCACACAAAUUUUCAUUGGCGCUCCUGUGGCCAUAGUGCUCGGUUUGUGGAACCUCUCGCACCCCCCUCCCCCCUUAGACACGGACCUAAGUUUUACAAUUUUUUUUAUUUUUAUCAUUAAAUAGUGAUUUUUUAUAUAUAUAUAAUAUAAUCUAUAUAUAGAUUAUAUGAUACUAUUUAAUAGUUCACAAUUAAUCCAAAAUUAAAUGUUAAUUAAAAUUCUUUUAUUCAUUUUCAGAUACGCGAAAUCGAGAUACGACCAGUAUAACAAAACUAAACAUUUACUUAUCAGAUGA